UAGUACUGUUUUCAUCUAUGAUCUAUGACUAUAUUAAAGAACGAACCAAAUUCACAUACUAGUACUAGUCUCAAGUUUACCCUUAAGUAAAAAUUGACAAUGAAUUACAUGUACUCGGUGAAAGAAGAAUACUUAGAACCAUUAUCAUCACCAUUUCCACCACUUCAACCAAUUGAAGGACUUCAUGAAAUUAGACCCCAACCAUUCCUCACCAAAACAUUUGAUGUAGUUAACGACCAAAGUACCAACCAUAUAGUUUCGUGGAGCAAAGGUGGCACCAGUUUUGUUGUUUGGGAUCCACAUGCUUUCUCUAAUGCUCUCAUUCCCAAAUACUUCAAACACAAUAAUUUCUCAAGCUUUGUCCGACAACUAAACACUUACGGUUUUAGAAAAAUAGAUCUAAAUAGAUGGGAAUUUGCAAAUGAAGGAUUCCUAAGAGGGCAAAGACAUCUAUUAAGGAACAUAAGGAGAAAGAAGGGACCUUCUCAGCCUAUUCCUAAUCAUAACUCCCAACAAGGACAGGGUCAUUGUAUCGACAUUGAAGUUGGCUGUUUUGGACUAGAUGCAGAAAUUGAUCGUUUAAGGCAAGAGAAACAUGUAUUGAUGAUGGAGCUUAUGAGUCUUAGACAGAAGCAAUAUAAUACCACACUGUACCUUCUAGAGAUGGAGCAAAGGUUACAAGGGAUAGAAAUCAAUCAGAAACAAAUGAUGGCAUUCUUAGCCAGAGCUAUAAAAAAUCCUGUCUUUAUCCACCAACUACUACAACAAAAAGUGGAGAAAAAGGAGCUUGAAGAAGCCAUGAACAUGACCAAGAAGAGAAAGCUUGUUGAACAAGGAACUAGACUAGGUACUGGACAAUCAAGCAGUGUUAAAGUUGAGCCUUUAGAAUUAGGUGAUUGUGAAUUCGAAGGGUCGGAGUUGGAAAUGCAGGUUUUUGAAAGGGGGGAGAUGGAUAAGGAGGAAGUAGACGAGGCACUAGAAUCACAAGAGAGGAUAGAAAGAUUACUUGGUGAUGAAGGGUUCUAGGAAGAACUAAUGUUUAGUUUAAAAUUUGAGGGUAGAUUUGACAUUCCAACUCCUGAAUAUAAUGCUGAGAAUGCAGAUGAUUCAAGUGAACCACUGAAUCAAGAAUUCAGGAUUAACUCUUGUCAUUCAGUUCACUAGCUUCAAGUCUUCCAAAGUCAAUGGUUUACUCCGAAGGAAGUAACAUAUGGUGGAAUUAUCCUAAUUUGCAAGCAUGACAGUAAAAUUACACGCAGAAGGAAAAUAAUUUACUUCAUGGUGUUUCUAAUUCUAUAAUAUGUUCUUUUGAAGCACUUCUAUAAAUCCAAAUAUUCUCACUUUUCAUGUUUGAUUAGGUUAGGUGGGUUGCUGCUGGUGCUGAGACAAGAUUCUUUGAUAGCAAAAACUGUCAUUAUUUAUGUCAAGGACUCAAGAUUGAUUAUUCAGAAGAUAUAUGAUGGACAACAAGUAGCGUAUCUUGGACGAGCAUAACUGAAUGAACACCCUGAACAUAUCUCUGCAAGACUCCGACAGUCAAAUAUUUCAGUUAACUUAGGAUUUCAUGUUGGAAGUUGGAGUUGGAUUGCUGUUUCUGUUAAUUGCAUGAAUGAAGAAGAUUUUUUAGUGCUAGGAUGAGGGUGCUAUCAUGCCAUGUCUAAUGCCACAGAUAUAUUACAAUGGAAUUGAAGAAGAAUCUCUUAGCACUAAAACAAAUAGAUUGGAAAAUGUGAUUUAUAUUGUAUUACUGAGACUACUCAAACUUUGUUGCUUGUUAUAUGACAUUGUAUAGUUGAUUAAGAAAUAUAGAAUCUAGAUGAGAAAUUUUGACCUCUGAUUCAUUUCUGUUCUUUCAGUAAAGGGCAAAGGCAUUGCUUUGCUAUUGUUUAUU